AUGAAGUCCAUAUGGCUGACAACACUACUGGUGUUACUUGUGUUUGGGACCAACAUCCGAGCAUUCCCCGCGACCCCGACUGCGCCGCCCCCUGAGUCGGGGAGCUUCAGGGUGAAAGACACGACCCUCACGCACCUCACCGUGCACCGCAAGACGGGCGACGUCUUCGUCGGCGCCGUCAACCGCAUCUACAAGCUGUCGGCCAACCUGACCGAGCUCCGCUCGCACAUGACCGGCCCCGUGGAGGACAACGCCAGGUGCUACCCGCCGCCGAGCGUCCGGGCCUGCGCCCACAAGCUGGACCCCACGGACAACAUCAACAAGCUGCUGCUGGUCGACUACUCGGGCAACCGGCUGGUGGCGUGCGGCAGCAUCUGGCAGGGUGUGUGCCAGUUCCUGCGCCUGGAGGACCUCUUCAAGCUGGGCGAGCCGCACCACCGCAAGGAGCACUACCUCUCGGGCGCCCGCGAGGCCGACGGCAUGGCGGGCGUGGUGCUGGGCGACGACGAGGGCCUGCCCGGCGAGAAGGAGAAGGAGAAGAAGAGGAAGAAGGGCGGCAGCCGGCUCUUCAUCGGCGCGGCCAUCGACGGCAAGUCGGAGUACUUCCCCACGCUGUCCAGCCGCAAGCUGGUGGCCGACGAGGAGAGCGACAACAUGUUCAGCCUGGUGUACCAGGACGGCUUCGUCUCGUCGCAGAUCAAGAUCCCCUCGGACACGCUCUCGCUCUACCCGGCCUUCGACAUCUACUACGUCUACGGCUUCGCCAGCCGCACCUACAUCUACUUCCUCACCCUGCAGCUGGACACGCAGCUCACGCAGAUGGACGCCACCGGCGAGAAGUUCUUCACCUCCAAGAUCGUGCGCAUGUGCGCCAACGACACCGAGUUCUACUCCUACGUGGAGUUCCCGCUGGGCUGCACCAAGGACGGCGUCGAGUACCGCCUGGUGCAGUCCGCCUACAAGCACCGGCCGGGCCGCAGGUUGGCCCAGGCGCUGGGCCUGCCGGAGGACGAGGACGUGCUGUUUGUGGUCUUCUCCCAGGGCCAGAAGAACCGAGCCAACCCGCCGCGCGAGACCGUGCUCUGCCUCUUCACCUUGCAUCAGAUAAACCUGGCGAUGAGAGAGCGCAUCAGGUCUUGUUACCGCGGCGAGGGCAAGUUGUCCCUGCCUUGGCUGCUCAACAAGGAGCUGCCCUGUAUCAAUACGCCCAAGCAGAUUGGCGACGACUUCUGUGGUCUCGUGCUGAACCAGCCGUUGGGCAGCCUGCGGGUGAUCGAGGGCACGCCCCUCUUCGACGACCGCACCGACGGCAUGGCCGCCGUGGCCGCCUACACGUACGGGGAGCAUUCCGUGGUGUUCGUGGGCACGCGCAGCGGGCACCUCAAAAAGAUCCGAGUGGAUGGCAUUCCUCCAGCUCCGCGCAGUGCCCUGCUGUAUGAGACAGUGACCGUAGCUGAAGGCCAUCCCAUUCAGCGGGAUAUGGUGUUCAGCCCGGAUUAUCAAUACAUCUACCUACUGAGCGACAAACAGGUGAGCAGAGUUGCCGUGGAGAGCUGCAGUCAGUACAGCACCUGCAAGGAGUGUCUGGGCUCUGGUGACCCCCACUGCGGCUGGUGUGUCCUCUACAACAAGUGCUCCCGUCAGGAGGCCUGUGAGAAGUGGGCGGAGCCGCAGCACUUUGCCACGGAGCUGAAGCAGUGUACGGAAGUCAGCGUGAUGCCCAACAACAUGUCCGUCACCUCCCCUGCCACUCAGGUGAGUGUGCGGGUGGUGAACGUGCCCAGUCUGUCGGCCGGGGUCACCUGCGUGUUUGAGGACCUGUCGGAGAGUCAGGGAGAGGUGCUCUCCAAGGGCCAGGUGCUCUGCAUGUCGCCCUCCCUGCGGGACCUGCCGGCGCUCACCCAAGGCUACGGUGACAAGCGCGUGGUCAAGCUGUCACUCAAGUCCAAGGAGAGCGGCCACACAUUCAUCGCCACCGAAUUUGUCUUCUACAACUGCAGCGUGCUCCAGUCGUGUUCCUCCUGCGUCAGCAGCCCCUUCCCCUGCAACUGGUGCAAGUACCGGCACAUCUGCACCAACAACCUGGCCGAGUGCUCUUUCCAGGAAGGGCGAGUCAGCAGCGUGGAGGGCUGUCCACAGAUCCUCCCCACCAGUGACAUCCUGGUGCCCGCUGGUAUAAUCCGGCCGAUCACGCUGCGGGCACGCAACCUCCCGCAGCCGCAGUCGGGGCAGAAGAACUACGAGUGCGUGUUCAACAUCCAGGGCAAGGUGCAGCGCAUCCCCGCCGUCCGCUUCAACAGCUCCUGCAUCCAGUGCCAGAACACGUCGUACUGGUAUGAGGGGAAUGAGAUGGGUGACCUGCCCGUGGACUUCUCCAUCGUGUGGGACGGAGACUUCCCCAUCGACAAGCCGGCCUCCAUGAAAGCACUCCUGUAUAAGUGUGAGGCUCAGAGGGACAGCUGUGGACUGUGUCUGAAGGCGGACGGGCGCUUUGAGUGCGGCUGGUGUCUGGCUGACAAGCGCUGCCUGCUCAAGCAGCACUGCCAGAACUCGGAGCACAACUGGAUGCACCAGCUCCGCCGCAACGUGCGCUGCAGCCACCCACGCAUCAGCAAGAUCCGUCCACUCACCGGCCCUAAGGAGGGGGGCACGCGGGUCACCAUCGAGGGGGAGAACCUGGGCCUGCAGGUGCGGGAGAUCGUCGGCGUGCGCGUGGCGGGGGUCCGCUGUGACCCCGUCCCCUCGGAGUACAUCAGCGCAGAGAGGAUUGUGUGUGACAUGGAGGAGUCACUGCUGGCCAGUUCCCCUGGCGGUCCAGUGGAGUUGUGUAUCGGAGAUUGCAGCGCCGAGUACCGCACCCAGUCUCAGCAGACCUACACCUUUGUGACCCCCAGCUUCAACAGGGUGCGGCCCGAGAAGGGGCCCAGCUCCGGGGGCACCCGCCUCACCAUCUCUGGGAAGCACUUGGACGCUGGCAGCACGGUGACCAUCAAGCUGGCCGACGAGGAGUGUCAGUUCGUCAAACGGACCAUGCGCGAGAUUGUGUGCAUCACCCCUCGGUCCCCUCCGUCUCCGAGUGCUGGGGGACACGCCUCAAUCAAGCUGUUCAUCGACAAGGCGGAGAUCUCGAACCCCGACGUCCGCUUCUCGUACUCCGAGGACCCCACCAUCGCCACCAUCGAGCCCAACUGGAGCAUUGUCAACGGGAGCACUUCGCUCACUGUCACUGGCACCAACCUGAACACCAUCCAGGAGCCCAAGGUCCGAGCCAGAUACGGGGGAGCGGAGACCAGCAACGUCUGCACAGUGGUCAACGACUCCGUGAUGACCUGCCUGGCCCCGGGCAUCAUCUACACCAAGCGCCAGACGCCGGAGACCGGCGUGCACCCGGACGAGUUCGGCUUCAUCCUGGACCACGUCAGCGCGCUCCUCGUCCUCAACGGCACGCCCUUCACCUACUACCCCAACCCCUCGUUCGAGACGCUGGGGACUUCUGGGAUACUGGAGGUUAAACCCGGCUCCCCCAUUAUCUUAAAGGGGAAGAACCUGAUCCCUCCAGCCCCUGGAAAUGCCCGCCUGAAUUACAGCGUGAUGAUUGGAGAAACACCCUGUCUGUUAACAGUCUCCGAGUCGCAGCUGCUCUGUGAUUCGCCAGACCUGACCGGAGAGCAGCGAGUUACGAUCCUGGUGGGCGGCAUGGAGUACUCGCCGGGCACGCUGCACAUCUACUCGGACAGCACGCUCACGCUGCCCGCCAUCAUCGGCAUCGGCGCGGGCGGCGGCGUCCUGCUGGUGGCCAUCAUCGCCGUGCUCAUCGCCUACAAGCGCAAGACCCGCGAUGCCGACCGCACGCUCAAGCGCCUGCAGAUGCAGAUGGACAACCUGGAGUCCCGCGUGGCCCUGGAGUGCAAGGAAGCAUUCGCCGAGCUGCAGACGGACAUCCAGGAGCUGACCAAUGACAUGGACGGCGUCAAGAUCCCCUUCCUGGAGUACCGCACCUACACCAUGCGGGUCAUGUUCCCCGGCAUCGAGGAGCACCCGGUUCUGAAGGAGCUGGAUUCUCCUGCCAACGUGGAGAAGGCCCUGCGCCUGUUCAGCCAGCUGCUGCACAACAAGAUGUUCCUGCUGACGUUCAUCCACACGCUGGAGGCGCAGCGCUCCUUCUCCAUGCGCGACCGCGGCAACGUGGCCUCCCUCCUGAUGGCGGCGCUGCAGGGCCGCAUGGAGUACGCCACCGUGGUGCUCAAGCAGCUGCUGGCCGACCUCAUCGAGAAGAACCUGGAGAACCGCAACCACCCCAAGCUGCUGCUCCGCAGAACGGAGUCUGUGGCGGAAAAGAUGCUCACCAACUGGUUCACCUUCCUCCUGCACCGCUUCCUCAAGGAGUGUGCUGGGGAGCCUCUCUUCAUGCUGUACUGUGCCAUAAAGCAGCAGAUGGAGAAGGGCCCCAUAGACGCCAUCACCGGCGAGGCGCGCUACUCCCUCAGCGAGGACAAGCUCAUCCGCCAGCAGAUCGACUACAAACAGCUGACACUAAUGUGCAUCCCUCCCGAGGGUGAGGUGGGCACGGAGAUCCCAGUGAAGGUGAUUAACUGUGACACCAUAACCCAAGUGAAGGACAAGCUCCUGGACGCCGCCUACAAGGGCAUCCCUUACUCUCAGCGACCCCAGGCAGACGACAUGGAUCUAGAGUGGAGACAAGGGCGACUGACCCGGAUCAUUCUGCAGGACGAGGACGUGACCACCAAGAUCGAGAGCGACUGGAAGAGACUGAAUACUCUGGCACACUACCAGGUGACUGACGGGUCGCUGGUAGCUCUGGUUCAGAAGCAGGUGUCUGCGUACAACAUCGCCAACUCCUUCACCUUCACCCGCUCCCUCAGCAGAUACGAGAGCCUGCUGCGGACGUCCAGCAGCCCCGACAGCCUGCGCUCGCGGGCGCCCAUGAUCACCCCCGACCAGGAGACGGGCACCAAGCUGUGGCACCUGGUCAAGAACCACGAGCACGCCGACCAGCGCGAGGGAGACCGCGGCAGCAAGAUGGUCUCGGAGAUUUACCUCACCAGACUUCUGGCUACUAAGGGCACGCUGCAGAAGUUUGUGGACGACCUGUUCGAGACGGUCUUCAGCACAGCACACCGGGGCAGCGCGCUGCCGCUGGCCAUCAAGUACAUGUUCGACUUCCUGGACGAACAGGCUGACCGCAGGCAGAUCAGCGACCCUGAUGUGCGCCACACCUGGAAAAGCAACUGUCUGCCGCUGCGUUUCUGGGUGAACGUGAUCAAGAACCCGCAGUUUGUCUUUGACAUCCACAAGAACAGCAUCACAGACGCGUGCCUGUCGGUGGUGGCGCAGACCUUCAUGGACUCCUGCUCCACCUCGGAGCACCGGCUGGGCAAGGACUCGCCCUCCAACAAGCUGCUCUACGCUAAAGACAUCCCCAACUACAAGAGCUGGGUGGAGAGAUAUUACAGAGAUAUCGGCAAGAUGCCCAGCAUCAGCGAUCAGGACAUGGACGCUUAUCUGGUGGAGCAGUCUCGUCUCCAUGGUAGCGAGUUCAACACUCUCAGUGCCCUCAACGAACUCUACUUCUACAUCAACAAGUACAAGGAGGAGAUCUUGACAGCGCUAGACAGGGAUGGUUACUGCCGCAAACACAAGCUGCGGCACAAACUGGAACAAGCCAUUAACCUGAUGUCCGGCAGCAGCUGAGGGCCGCCACAGAUGGAUCCUGG